AUGGCUUAUGCGCAGGUUCAUGCGACCAGACCGCAAACAAUUGGCUACAGUCUAGCCGACAGUCCUGUUGGGUUGCUGGCAUGGAUGUUCGAAAAGCUUCAUACAUGGACAGACGGUUAUAGCUGGACUCAGGAUGAGAUUCUCACAUGGCCAGGGCCAGCGGCUGCUCAGCACAUCUACUUUGAGAAUGCUCACAGGCAGCCUCCGGCUUUUGAGCAGGCGGCGAAGUAUAUUGAUGUGAAGUUGGGUGUAUCGCUUUUCCCAAAGGAGAUCGUUCUGCUUCCCUUGAGCUGGAACAAGACACUGGGUCCGGUGGUGUUUGAGCGUCGUCAUGAAAAGGGCGGCCAUUUCGCAGCGUGGGAAUGUCCAGAGGCGUUGGCGACGGAUUUGCAGGACAUGUUUGGUACAUGUGGAGGUGCAUAUAAGUGUAUUGAGGGGGCUAGCGGAUUUGCCUAG